GGCCGGGACAGACACACGCAGCGGGGAGGGACGGGAGCCGGUCGGGGCCCUCGGCAGAAGCGGCGGACGGAGACGAUUCAACUUCGCGGCGUCUCUCGCCUCCCCUCCCCCCAGCUCGCCGCGAGACGUCGCGCUCCGCCGGACGGAGACUCGGGCCGACUUCCAUCUCAGUCAUAGCAAGUACCUACUACUGAGCGCUGGAAAAUCUACUUAAGAAUAUGACAGAUACCUAGCAUCUAGCAAAACGAUGGCAGCAGCUUACCUUGAUCCAAACUUGAAUCAUACACCAAGUUCAAGUGCAAAGACACACCUCAGUACUGGGGUGGAGCGUUCCCCAGGGGCCAUGGAACGAGUCUUAAAGGUCUUCCAUUACUUUGAAAGUAGCAGUGAGCCAACAACGUGGGCCAGUAUUAUCCGGCACGGAGAUGCUACUGAUGUCCGGGGCAUAAUUCAGAAGAUAGUGGACAGUCACAAAGUAAAGAAUGUGGCCUGUUAUGGAUUACGGCUCAGUCACCUGCAAUCUGAGGAGGUCCACUGGCUACAUCUGGACAUGGGUGUAUCCAAUGUGAGGGAGAGGUUUGAAUUAGCCCACCCUCCAGAGGAAUGGAAAUAUGAAUUGCGAAUCCGAUAUUUACCAAAAGGAUUUCUGAAUCAGUUUACUGAGGACAAGCCAACACUAAAUUUUUUCUAUCAGCAGGUGAAAAAUGAUUAUAUGUCAGAAAUAGCAGAUCAAGUGGACCAGGAAAUUGCUUUGAAGCUAGGUUGCCUUGAAAUCCGGAGAUCCUACUGGGAGAUGAGGGGCAAUGCACUAGAAAAGAAGUCCAACUAUGAAGUUUUAGAGAAAGAUGUUGGCUUAAAGAGAUUUUUUCCGAAGAGUUUGCUGGAUUCUGUAAAGGCCAAAACACUAAGAAAACUGAUUCAACAAACGUUUCGACAGUUUGCCAUCCUCAACAGAGAAGAAAGUAUUCUGAAAUUCUUUGAGAUCCUGUCUCCAGUAUACAGAUUUGACAAAGAAUGCUUCAAAUGUGCUCUUGGUUCAAGCUGGAUUAUUUCAGUGGAGCUGGCAAUUGGCCCAGAAGAAGGAAUCAGUUACCUUACAGACAAGGGCUCUAAUCCUACCCACUUGGCAGAUUUCAAUCAGGUGCAGACUAUUCAGUAUUCAAACAGUGAAGACAAGGACAGAAAAGGGAUGUUACAGCUCAAAAUAGCAGGAGCACCUGAGCCUCUGACAGUGACAGCACCAUCCUUAACCAUUGCAGAGAAUAUGGCUGACCUGAUAGAUGGAUAUUGCAGACUGGUGAACGGAGCCACGCAGUCUUUUAUUAUCAGGCCUCAGAAAGAAGGUGAAAGAGCUUUACCAUCAAUACCAAAGCUGGCCAACAAUGAGAAGCAAGGAGUAAGGUCACAUACAGUCUCUGUAUCAGAUGAAAUUAGUGGGGACGAAACAGAUGACUAUGCAGAGAUUAUAGAUGAAGAAGAUACUUACACAAUGCCCUCAACCAGGGAUUAUGAGAUUCAGAGGGAGAGAAUUGAACUGGGACGCUGUAUCGGUGAAGGACAGUUUGGAGAUGUACAUCAAGGAGUUUACAUGAGUCCAGAAAAUCCAGCCAUGGCUGUUGCAAUCAAAACAUGUAAAAACUGCACUUCAGACAGUGUGAGAGAGAAAUUCUUACAAGAAGCCUUAACAAUGCGUCAGUUUGAUCACCCCCACAUUGUGAAGUUGAUUGGAGUUAUUACGGAAAACCCAGUCUGGAUAAUCAUGGAGCUCUGUACACUAGGGGAGCUGAGAUCAUUUUUGCAAGUAAGAAAAUACAGUUUGGAUCUGGCCUCUUUGAUACUCUAUGCUUACCAGCUUAGCACUGCACUUGCCUACUUAGAGAGCAAAAGAUUUGUACAUAGGGAUAUUGCUGCUAGAAAUGUGCUGGUAUCCUCCACUGAUUGCGUGAAAUUAGGUGACUUUGGUUUGUCCCGAUAUAUGGAAGACAGUACUUACUAUAAAGCUUCCAAAGGAAAAUUACCUAUCAAAUGGAUGGCUCCAGAGUCAAUCAACUUCCGACGUUUUACCUCAGCUAGUGAUGUGUGGAUGUUUGGUGUGUGUAUGUGGGAAAUUUUAAUGCAUGGAGUAAAGCCCUUCCAAGGAGUGAAGAACAAUGAUGUGAUUGGUCGAAUUGAGAAUGGUGAACGGUUACCAAUGCCUCCAAACUGUCCUCCUACUCUCUACAGCCUUAUGACCAAGUGCUGGGCAUAUGACCCCAGCAGACGACCCAGGUUUACUGAACUUAAAGCACAGCUCAGUACAAUACUGGAGGAAGAGAAGCUGCAGCAAGAAGAACGAAUGAGAAUGGAAUCAAGGCGACAAGUCACAGUGUCCUGGGAUUCGGGAGGAUCAGAUGAAGCCCCUCCCAAGCCCAGCAGACCUGGUUAUCCCAGUCCAAGAUCCAGUGAAGGGUUUUAUCCUAGUCCACAGCAUAUGGUACCACCCAAUCAUUACCAGGUCUCUGGCUAUCCUGGUUCUCAUGGGAUACCAGCCAUGGCAGGCAGCAUUUAUCCUGGCCAGGCAUCUCUUUUGGAUCAAGCAGAUUCCUGGAACCAUCGGCCUCAGGAAAUAUCAAUGUGGCCCCCCACCAUGGAGGAUUCUGGCACUUUGGACAUGCGAGGAAUGGGACAGGUCCUACCAACACAUCUAAUGGAGGAGAGAUUGAUACGACAGCAACAAGAAAUGGAGGAAGAUCAGCGCUGGCUUGAAAAAGAGGAGAGAUUCCUGAAACCUGAUGUGCGGCUCUCCAGAGGCAGCAUAGACCGAGAGGACGGGAGCCUCCAGGGCCCGGCUGGUAACCAGCACAUAUAUCAGCCUGUGGGUAAACCAGAUCAUGCAGCUCCGCCAAAGAAACCACCUCGUCCUGGAGCCCCCAGCCAUUUGGGUAGCCUUGCCAGUCUCAACAGCCCUGUGGACAGCUACAAUGAAGGAGUGAAGCCAUGGAGGCUUCAGCCACAGGAAAUCAGCCCUCCCCCCACUGCCAAUUUGGAUCGUUCCAAUGACAAGGUUUAUGAGAAUGUAACUGGACUGGUGAAAGCUGUAAUAGAAAUGUCCAGUAAAAUCCAGCCUGCCCCUCCAGAGGAGUAUGUGCCCAUGGUGAAGGAAGUUGGUUUGGCACUACGAACUUUACUGGCAACAGUAGAUGAGACCAUUCCAGUCCUCCCUGCAAGCACUCAUCGAGAGAUUGAGAUGGCACAGAAGCUAUUGAACUCUGACUUGGCUGAACUGAUUAACAAGAUGAAAUUGGCCCAGCAAUACGUCAUGACUAGCCUGCAGCAGGAAUACAAAAAGCAAAUGCUCACAGCUGCUCAUGCUCUGGCUGUGGAUGCCAAAAACUUGCUGGAUGUUAUUGAUCAAGCCAGAUUGAAAAUGAUUGGUCAGUCCAGACCCCAUUAAACACCGAGGAAGAAUUUUUUUGUCAUUCUUUUUAAGAAUAUUGCUCAUGUAAGGAUGUUCUCUAGCCUUCCACCAGUGGUAAGGAUUAACCCUGCAUAGUCCAGGAUUUCCAGUGACUCCUGCUUCAUCAGACCUGAUUGACAGCUGUUGGUUUUCUCUCUCUCUCAUUAUAAAAGUUUAACCAUGUUUUUACCAGAUGGUCUGGGAUUCAAAAUGUGGCAUUAUCACAGAAUGAAGUUUGUACAGAAGCCCUUGGGAAUCGUGAUUGGGGAAAACAAUGACAUUUUACAUCGUCACAUAGGAUGUGCAUUACCUAAAAUUGCCAAGAGGUUACAAUCUCAGAGCCAGGACUGUCCGAGCUGCAGAUUGGAGAAAAAUAUUGUGAAAUGAAGAAUUCUGGGAAACCUCAGGGCUGAGAAUUCUUGCCCACAGUAUGCGAGCUAUCCAGACUGGAAUUUUUUAUUAGAACACUUACGUCGCAAUAUGCUAAUCACAAUUUACAGAGAAAGAAAAUUUUAAAAGCUAUAUUUUCAAGACUUCAGUCAUUUCAAAAGAAACUAAAGCCCUCUUCAUCUUUCUGCCUUUUACUUUUAUGUGGAUAUGUGAAACGUUUGUUUGGAAACUAGCUGUAGAACACAACUGAAAACUCUUGUAUGUCUUUUCACCAGAAUAACUUGCCAGUUUUUUGUAGCAAUGUUAUUUUCCUUGGAAGCAAAAAGCUGCUUUGUACCAGAGCAACUCAGAGCCGCAUUUAGAAGAGAAGUUCUGUAACCAUAUGUGUUCCCCGUUUUUAUAUAAUUUAUACAGAAAGAUUAAAGCCAUGUUGAAUAUUUUAAACCCACUGUAGUUAACUAACCCAUCUUUGAGUCUAUCUUGCCUGGGAGGAGUUACAGCAGAGCAGUGUGAAUGUUUUCUUUCAUUUUUUUCCAGUUAUACCAUCUGUUCUGUUAAAUAAAAACCACCAUGCUCCCUUUGGUUUGAUGGGGGAUAUAAAUUAUUCUCAGGAAGAAUAUAAUGAACUGUACAGUUACUUUGACCUAUUAAAAAGGUGUUACCAGUGAAGUCCUGGCUGUAACAUUUCUUCCUACGCUGCAGAGCACAAAGCAUUUUGGGGGAGUUUUCUGACCUUGCUUUUCUCGUCAAUCCUAAAUUUCAACCGUUUAUAUAGACUUAAAAAAACAAAAGGGCACUGUCGGGAGGAAUGCCAAAAAACUGACCUUAUUGGUGAAUCCUUCCAUGUUAGGUACACACAACUCUGCUGAGCAUUUCUCCACCCAGUCCUAAAGUUCAGGGAGUAAAAAAUACACAUUCCUACAACCUAGUCUAAAAACCCCCCAAAGCAAGAAAGCUUAAGCUAAGGCAAAUCAAGUUUUUCAGCAGUAUAUAAUCCUUCAGUUUCCCCGUGCUCCACGGGUUCCUGUCCUGAUAGCAUAAAUAAGCAGCCAUUUUCUCCCCUCAGAGCCCCUUCCUCAGCAUUCCCGUCUUUUGAUAGCCUGGCUUUAAGGAAUCCCUAGUUGUUUUAUAUAUGCUAAAAUCUUCCCACUAACACCACAAAAACAAAAAACACCCUAAGGCAUAUCUCAGCAGGGCCAGUGAAAUUAUGUGGAGUUUCUAGGCUAACCCAUUUAGGAAUUAACCCCUACAAAAUCCUUAAAAACAAGUGAACUUAAUGUAAAGGAUCAAAAUACUAUGCAUUUCUAAUUUUAUAUAACCAAAAUUUCCCAGAACUGAAAUUUCAGGAAGAUAAAUUUGAAAAUAGGGCUAUUUCUGAGAAUUUCAGCUUCCUCCUUAACUAGGAUGGGUUGAUUGCUUUUCCAUUCAAAUAAAUUUUAAAAUAGGAUAUACUUUCUUCAAUUGUCAACUUAUUUAUAACUGUGGCUGUCAGUUAACAUAGUCCAGUGAAGUUACCAUUCUCCUGCGAUAUAGACAUGAAUUCAGCCAAGAAAAAAAAAGAAUUGAGCCUGCACUGAGACUUUGAACACCAACAUUCAGGUAGUUUUCCAUAUAUAUUUCAAAAUACCAUGGAAAUGUAGGUUUAAUUACUCUGCUUAUUUUAUUGAUAGAUGGGAGUGCAGGGGCAUUAAUGACACCUCUGAUCUUUGUCCAACCUCUUUGCUGCUUCAGCAUAAUAUGCUCAGGCAGCUCAGCGUUUAACCCAAGAAAAAUGGAAAUCCAGUGUUGCACAAGUGGUGGGAUUGAGAGCAAAGCAUAAACUGAAGGAAGGAUGGGCUGAGAACUCAGGACUAAAGUCAGAGAUGCAGUAUGGUUUCUGUCUUCAUCUGAAACUCCUGUACACAGACAAUAAGACAAGUUAAAACACAGAAUCUCACCUAAAAUUGGUAUUUCAGAAUUCAGUGUUUUUUAAAUGAGGUAACUUUCUGGCUUAAUUUACCAGGAAAGUGACAGCCCAUAGGGGGUAGUCACAAAUGUAUCUACUAACAGAAGUAGGACAUGGGACUUGCUGUGGAUAAAUGAGCCAUCUAUCCAUUUAAAAGUUGCAUUAUGGAUUUACCUUGUUAACUGGACUUUAUUUUAAAAAUACCUUUGCUUUUUAUACAAUUGAAUUUCUGAAUCAAAGAUUUAGGAAUUACUGAUGGGUUCCUGUGAAAAGUGAGUCAGUUUUUUGUUGCGUUCAGUUUGUGGUUUAAAAAAAAGGCAGAUACUGAAGAGAAACAGAAGGGGGAAGCCUAUGACAGACAGCUCUUUAAGAUUUAUGAAAGUCAACCUGAAAAAGUUUCAUUGUAGAACGGCAACUUCAAAGUUUUGGUUCAGUUUGUGGGCAUUUAUUUUAUCCUUCCCUUGUAUUCAGAAUACUUGCUUGGUGUUGUAGGGAAAGAUUUUGGCUUUCUUCCUACAUGAUCUAAUUCAGGGAUUCUCAAACUGGGAGGUCAUGAUGUAACAUGUGAGGGUGCAAGCCCUCCACCUCAAACCCCACUUUGCCUCCAGCAUUUAUAAUAGUGUUAAAUAUUUAUACAGGGGGUUGCACUCAUAGGUGUGUUGUGUGAAAGAGGUCACCAAUACAAAAGUUUGAGAACCACUGAUCUAAUCUGUAGGUUUCUUAAAAAAUUGAGGUUGCAAAGUUAAAUUUCAAGUCAGUUGAAUAGGGGUUCUCCCCACUCUGAUUCAACAGGCAAAGAUUUUAAUGGGGUUGGAUGUUAGAAAAAGUGCUUUAAUUAAAGAAUAACUUUUUAUAGAAGUUCUAAGUUGCAUUCUGUGAUGCACAGCUUUGUAAAGAAAUUUGAAUUAGUCUAAAAAAUACUCAUCUUUAAGUAUUCUUCUCUGCUAACUCUAAUAAAUGCUUUUUCAGGUAAUUUAACCAGCUUGCACAUUUCAAUGAAGGGGGGGAAAGAGGCGGCACAGUACAACUUCACGUUAACUGUUUUACCAAGUUCAAUAUCCUUACCCUGAGAGAAGUGUGGGUCACAUUUAUUAAUUAAAAGUUAGGGUUUAAUUUAAAACUAGGCUGUACAAAACAUUGAAUAAAACAGAAGCCUUCUUGGGGAGAGUAGAUCCUC